ACUUAAGCUCUCAAAAGUUGGUAGGCGACAUAUCUCCUUCACUUGGGAACCUUAGUUUUCUUCGAAUUAUCGAUAUUUCAAACAACAGUUUCCAAGGAGAAAUACCACAAGAAAUCAGUCACUUGUUCAGGUUGCAAGUUUUGGUUUUGGCAAACAACUCACUGAAAGGACAAAUACCAUAUAACAUAUCAAACUGUCCAAAUUUGAGAAUCCUCCAAGCGAGUCGCAACCAAAUCACCGGGAAAAUUCCACAUGGAAUUGGCUACUUAUCAAAGUUGGCACAAAUAAGUCUUUACAGAAAUGAUUUGGAGGGAACUAUUCCACCAUCCUUAGGGAAUAUUUCUUCGCUGGAAGUACUAAUAGUGGGAUCAAAUAAUUUGGAGGGAGAAAUUCCGGCAUCAUUAGGCCAGUUGAAGCACUUGACUGUUUUUGGAGUUUCUGAAAACAAGUUAUCAGGGGAGGCCAAUGAUUUGAACUUCAUAACCUCAUUGACCAAUUGUAGCAAUCUGACAGUAAUCGAACUAAGUCAGAGUAAUUUUGGAGGUGAAUUGCCAAAUUCAGUGGUCAAUCUCUCUGUUCAACUUCAAUAUUUCUCUGUAGAAUUGAAUCAACUAUCAGGAAACAUUCCCCAUGAUAUUGGUAAUCUAAUAAGCUUAAAUUCCUUAAAUAUGCACCACAAUAAUUUAGAAGGAACUAUCCCUGCAACUAUUGGAAAACUUUAUAAGUUACAAGAAGUUGGUUUUGGUAAGAAUUAUUUUUCAGGGGAAAUUCCUUCCUCAAUUGGAAAUCUAACAUUGUUGAACAGUCUUUGGUUGGAGGAAAACAAUUUCCAUGGAAGCAUUCCUUCAAGUCUUGGAAACUGCGAGAACUUGGAGUUGCUUCACUUGUUUGGUAAUUCCCUCAAUGGUACCAUUCCUCAAGAAGUUAUCGGUUUGUCAUCUUUAUCGAUAUCUCUAAACCUGUCUAGAAACCGUUUCACAGGUUCUCUACCUCAGGAAGUUGGUAACUUGAAAAAUCUUGUUGAGUUGGAUGUUUCUAAGAACCAUUUGUCCGGAAAUAUUCCUAGCAGCCUAGGGGAUUGUAUAAGCUUGGACCACCUCUACAUGGAUCAUAAUAUCUUUGAGGCUGCAAUUCCAGAAACUUUGAGUUUACUGAAAGCUAUUGAAGAAAUAGAUCUUUCACACAAUAACUUGUCCGGACAUAUUCCGAAAGACUUUGCCAACUUAACCUUGUUAAGGAAGCUAGAUCUUUCCUUCAAUGAUCUCGAUGGUGAGUUGCCUGUAGGUGGUGCUUUCAGUAACAUCAGUGCAAUUGCAAUUGUUGGCAAUGACAAGAUUUGUGGGGGUAUCCAUGAAUUACAAUUGGCCAAAUGCCCCAAGAAAAAUCCGAGGAAAAAAAAUGUUUCCCUUGCAUUUAAGCUAGUAAUCUCCUUAGUUUGUGGUAUUCUAGGAAUAAGCUUGACACUAUCUUUGUUAAUCAUUUAUUGGCAAAAGAAGAAUAGAAAGCCUGUGCAUUCUCCAUGGAAGGGUCCACUCAUGAAUAUUUCAUAUGGAGAUCUUCUUAAAGCAACGAAUGGUUUCUCUCUUGCCAAUCUAAUCGGUGAAGGUAGUUUUGGCUCUGUGUAUGAAGGAAUUCUUGAACCCAAUCAAGCAUUCAUUGCAGUGAAAGUAUUCAACCUUGAAAAGAGAGGAGCUUCAAAGAGUUUCAUGGCCGAAUGUGAAAUGCUAAGAAACACUAGACAUAGAAAUCUUUUAAAGAUCAUAACUGCCUGCUCAAGUGUUGAUUACCAAGGUAAUGAUUUCAAGGCCCUUGUCUAUGAAUUGAUGCCAAAUGGAAGUCUAGAAAAUUGGUUGCAUCCACAAACAGAGAAUGAAGGCGGGGGAAGAUUAACUCUUUUACAGAAAUUGAAUAUUGCCAUUGACGCUGCUUCUGCUAUGGAUUAUCUUCACAACCACAGUGACAUGCCUAUCAUACAUUGUGACUUGAAGCCAAGCAACAUCCUUCUUGGCCAAGACAUGACUGCUUGUGUAGGAGAUUUCGGUUUGUCAAGGAUUCUUGUAGAAGGUGAUGUUCAAAACUUUCAGAAUUCAACCAGCUCCAUUGUGGUAAAAGGAACUAUUGGAUAUGCAGCUCCUGAGUAUGGCAUGGGAAGUGAUGUUUCAACCAAGGGAGAUAUGUACAGCUUUGGUAUCCUCUUGUUAGAGAUGUUCACCGGAAAAAGGCCAACCGAUGUACUAUUUACAGAUGGAAUGAACCUGAAUAAGUUUGUUAAGAUGUCUUUGCCCGAACGAGCAAUGGAGGUUGUUGAUCAUGAUCUGAUUUCAAAGGGAGAAGAGAAAGAGUCAUCAAUGCAAACAAUAAGAGUGAAGAAACUUGAGUUCUUAAUGUCAAUACUUAGAAUUGGAGUAAUGUGUUCCGAGGAAUCACCAAGUGAUAGGUUGCAAAUACAUGACGCUUUGAAGGAAUUGCUUGCAAUCAAAAACUUUCUUCUUAAACAUUAUGGAAGACAUAAGAAUUUCCAAAUUCCUAGGAACAAUAUUGAGCCUGGAAUUUUGAAGUAGCAGUAAAAAAAUAAAUAAAUAGAUAAACAAAAUCAAAAGGGACUUCGUAUGGCUUUUUAGCUCUGUUUUUGUCUUUAUAAAGACUUGGAAGUAUAUGGGAUUGAAAAGUCAACACUGCUUUUCUUUUUCUGAAUAAGUUAACACUGUUUCGUUGCGUAAGAAUAGGGAAGUGUUUGGAUGACUUCAAACGUUUCCUAUUGCAAUUCUCAAUUGGUACGUUGUCUGUAGAAACUGUUUCUAGAGAAAUAAAACUUUUUUCUUAUAUUGUA